AUGAACUGUCAUAGAAUAGGAUCUGAAGGUUCAAAAGUCUCCAACAGUUACCCUCAGAUACCCCCCGAGUCUAUCGGUCAGAACAACUUUCCAGCCCGGUCUUCACUUCGGGAGAUUCACACUGUUCACAGGACAGAUUCACUUGAAUCGAGUAAAGGGGACAUAAAUUCUCGCAACCGCUUGAUUAGAACCCAUCACCGUUCUUUAUCCAUAUGCGAAGCAGUGUACAUUACAACGACUCCAGAUGGACGCGAGAUAUGGAGUGUUGGUGGCUUAUCCAGUCCGAUGCUGGAUACACAUGCCGGGGGACUUGAAAUCCACAUGCACCCGAUUUUCCACAGCCCACCCCCGAAUAAGUCAUUUGACACGGGGUAUAUUGAGGACCCGAUACCGAGAGAGAUUAAUCCCCGGAGGUUUCUACGCGAGAGUGACAUGGCCAUCCUGCGGGAGAAGUUUCCCCUCUCUGUUGCCGUGCGUGUGUUUAUCUCCGGAUUUAUUGUGAUUCUCUUUGAAAGCAGGGAGAAAAUGGAACAGUCCUGGGAAUCAGGGGUAGCAACUGAGUUUGGGAAUCUGCGUUUAAGAUAUGAUACUGUAUAUCAUGAACAUUGCGCAAAUGAUCUUCAAAGUGGAACUCCAGUUACCACUGGGCCAGGCAGAUUAGAGAAGUCUGCGGCGCUUGGUCUAAAGCUCAAAUUGAAGAAUGGUGAUCAGUGUAUCACUGUUCCCACGCAUGCAUUUAUGAAGGUAUAUACCGCCAACAGCCACUCAAGGCUUCUUUUUGCAGAUUGGAUUGCAAAAUCCAAGGAAGCUGUACAGAAGUACAUGGGAAUAACGAUAAAAACAUUCAGCAACUCCCCGCUGGGCAAGGAUGUUUGGAUUGCUGGGAGCAAUCAGAGGAUAGGAAAGAUCACUGUGACAUAUGACUCCCCCGCAUCCCAUGUCAUUUCGUUUCCAUACGGUUUCGCCCAUGAUCUGUCCCUAGUUACAGACGAUAGGCUUCCGAAGAUGAUUAGACGGUCUGAUGUUCCGCCGAUUACGGAAUGGGGCAGUUACAACGAAGCUCUCGAUGGUGGUCCUGUGUUUGUGACAGGCUUUUAUGUUGCAACUGGCAAUCCAAAGCAACUUCAAGGGAAUGGCAUUUCUAGAGGCACACAAAAAGCCAUUGUGGAGGGUACUGCGUAUAUCUGGAAUAGGAAAGGCUGUGAUGGAUCUGUUGCUCUUUUUUGGAGAACAGUUGAUGAUCGUGACUCAAUUGAGCAUCUGUCUGGCUCCGUUCUAUGCCGGGGACAGUUGGGUGAUCAGGCUUGUGCUGUUUGUUUCCAGAAUUUUGAAACGCCGGUUCCCAGUGCUGUUCUGCAUAAUGACUAUACCGGUAGAAAGCCAUAUAAUGUACAACAGUUUACUGUGAAAGGAGGGUUCCUGCUACCGCCGGAGAUCAGGUGCGCAGAAAUAAUCGAUGAUCAAGGGUGA